GACCGUCUUUCCAACUUGAAAGCUCGAAGGCGCUUGGGCGAUGCGAGCCUCCUGCUGGAACAAUGGGAGCGUGCUGCCGCCGAAUUGCAUGCUGCCAAGCAUGGUUACGAAGACCUGGUCCGAAAUGCUGCAGCGGAAGAGGUGCAAAGCUUGCGACACGAAAUGGGUCACACAGCGAACGUGCUGGCGCUGGCCCUUCUCUACAGUGAGCGAGAGGAAGAAGCACGGAAGGAGUUGGAGUAUGCGAAGGGCUCGGGGUUCCCUGAUGUGCAGCAGACUGCUGAGGAGCUGAUACGCUUCAUGGAGAAGAUGGCCCCGCACAACGAUUCAGCAGCUCGCAAGCGUGCCAAGGUUUGCAAUUCAUGA